ACUGUCAUGGCAAAGGAUCUCCCUGGAAGGCAUUUUACUCGAAGAAGGGAUGUUAACACACAAUCUCUACUGGAAAACUCGUGCAACAACAAACGUCUGGACCUUGUUUUCAUCAUUGACAGCUCUCGCAGUGUGAGUCAUUAUGACUUUGAAAAAGUGAAGGAGUUCAUUUUGACCAUCUUGCAGUUUCUGGACAUCAGCCCUGACGCCACGCACGUGGGUCUGAUUCAGUACGGCAGCACCGUCAAGCAGGAGUUUUCACUGAAGACCUUCAGGAGGAAGCAGGACAUCGAAAGAGCAGUGAGGAGGAUGAUGCACCUCUCCACUGGUACCAUGACUGGACUGGCUCUGCAGUAUGCAGUGAACAUUGCAUUUUCAGAGACAGAGGGGGCUCGACCUCUGAGGCAGAAUGUGCCCCGAAUUAUCAUGAUAGUGACAGAUGGGAGACCUCAAGAUCCUGUGGCAGAGAUUGCUGCUAAAGCACGUAACUCAGGAAUCCUAAUUUUUGCUAUUGGAGUGGGAAGAGUGGAUAUGAACACUCUGAAGUCCAUUGGGAGUGAACCACAUGAAGAACAUGUGUUUCUGGUUGCUAAUUUCAGUCAGAUUGAAACAUUGACCUCUGCCUUCCAAGAUAAACUUUGUGCUCAGGACCUUUGUGCUGUGGAGAAACAUGCCUGUGAGCAGAUUUGUGUGAACACACCUGGGUCCUAUGUCUGUCAGUGCUAUGAAGGAUAUGAGCUUGAUGCAGAUGGAAAGAGCUGUGUUGUUGUGGACUACUGUGCUUUGGAUAACCAUGGUUGCCAACAUGAAUGUGUUAACACCAAGGACUCCUAUUACUGUAGAUGCCACCCAGGGUUCAUUUUAAAUCCAGACAAAAGAACUUGUGGAAGUAAAGAUGUCUGUAAAUCAGUUGACCAUGGUUGUGAAUAUGCUUGUGUUAAUAAUGGUGAUUCUUAUAUCUGCAAAUGCCAGGAGGGGUAUGUACUAAAAGAGGACCAGAAAACAUGCAGAAGAUGCACUGAAGGCCCAAUUGACCUGGUGUUUGUGAUAGAUGGAUCAAAAAGUCUUGGAGAGGAUAAUUUUGAAAUUGUAAAACAAUUUGUCUCAGGAAUCUUGGACACACUUGAGAUUUCACCCAAAGCUGCUCGAGUUGGUUUGCUUCAGUAUUCCACUGAGGUUCGUACAGAGUUUACAUUAAAGCAGUUCAGCUCAGCCAAAGACAUGAAGAAAGCUGUGUCACAAAUGAAAUACAUGGGCAGAGGUUCCAUGACAGGACUGGCACUGAGGCAAAUGUCUGAGAGAAGCUUCACAGAGACAGAAGGAGCAAGACCAUUCUCAGCAAACGUGCCUCGAAUCUCCAUUGUGUUUACGGAUGGGCGGGCCCAGGAUGAAGUGUCUGAGUGGGCUACCAGAGCAAAGCAACGUGGUAUAAUCAUCUAUGCCAUUGGAAUAGGAAAAGCAAUUGAGGAAGAACUGCUGGAAAUUGCUUCUGAGCCAUCAUAUAAACAUCUCUUCUAUGCUGAGGAUUUCACAGCUCUGGAGGACAUAAGUGAAGAGCUAAGAGCCCAAAUCUGUGAAGCAAAAGCCUCAAAAGACAACGACCAGUGCAAAUGUGAAAACCUUGUGACAUUCCAGAACUAUGCAACCAGUGAAGUAAGAAAACUCACCCAGCGAUUGGAAGAAAUGACAAAGAGAAUGGAAGACUUGGAAAACAGACUAAAAUACUGAUCAGAAUUUGAAGUGUACACUACACUGUAUAUUUAUACAUACAAAUU